CUCCCCCCAGCUGUUUGAAGCGAAGCCCCAGUAUUUCGACUCGGGCCGUAACAAAUUGAUCAGUUUUUCUAUUUUUCUUUCUAAUUUUUGUUUUUUGUCUUCCCUUUCGAGAACGAAGUGCUAACAUUUUAGUGGUGUGGCUCUAAUCAGUGUGCUUUGGUUGUGUUUCCAUUUCUCUGGCAAGUCGUGACAGCCUCUGGAGGAGCUAUCAGGCCAAGCCAUAUGGAGGUGAGGGCGCUGGUCAGUGAUUGCGAUCGCCUUGGGCGGGUCUCUGCGAUGUCCACGAUGCUGGGGUUCGCACAGUCGGAAUACUCUCUGGGGACGAGCACCGGGCCGAUAAUAUCCCGGGAACAGGCCCCCAAUCCGGCCGAGUCGAGCGAGACGGACGGCAAUGCCACCGACGAGGAGGUGGAGAUCUGUAUAACGCGUCUGAACUUCUAUCCGGAUCACGAGAAGCGCCUCUACAUGGACUGCCAGCUGUCCUUGCCGGCCGGCAGGAUACAGAUGCGAGGUGGCGCCGAGGCCAUAGCCGAACCGGAGGUCGAUGGAGGGUCGGAUGGGUUGGGAUGUUCGCCGGAGAUGCGCUACGAGCGGCUGAGGAGCACGGCCGUGGAGCAGCAGCGCCACUGGCGGCUCCUCAAGCAGGCCUUCGAGUGUCCCCUGAGCCAGUGUCCGGCCAAGGUGACGGCCACCGAUCUGCUCAGCCACUGCCUGGUCACCCAUCCGGAGAUCAUCACUUUGGAGCUGCGAGCCGAGCGUCCCAUCUCCCUGAAGCUCCUGGGCCAGGCCCUGCCCGAGGCCCAGGCCAAGUCCCAUUGCGUCGGACUCCUCAUCUUCGACAGUCCGCGCCGGGUGGCCCUUAACUCGAACCUGCCCCGGGUCUACUCGGACUGGGAGGGUCGUCCCCCCAUCCUCAUUAUGCUGUGGAAGACCUCGUGGGACUCUAGGACGGUCAGUCCGCUGGUCACUCACCUCUACAUCCUGUGGCUGCUCUGCCCCCAGGCCCAGCCCGCCCUGAUGGUCAACAUCCGGGUGAAGGACAGCCCCGAGUGCCGGAAACUGAUCACCACCUGCCCCAAUCCGCAGCUCCUCGAGGAGAGCGACCUCCUGGGCGAGAGCCCGCUGUUCAUGCGCUUCACCCACCGCGAGAUGAAGGAGCUGACGGGGAACUACUCGCAGGACAUCGAGCUGGAGUUCACCAUCAAGGAGCAGGAGCAGGAGCAGAAGCAGGGGAACGAUCUCGAACAGGAGGGGGGGCAGUGCCUCAGUCUGGAGGAGGUUAUCGGACAAAAUUUAGAUCGCAAACGGCACUGUUCCUCGCACUUCGAUAACUUCGAUAUCGAUAUCGAUAUCGAGAAGAAGAUAUCGAUGCAGAUAGCCGGCAAGCCGGAGGACGAAAAGUUAUCGAAUUUGGAGAAUGCGACUGAGACUGUGGAGGGAAAGUCAAAGGAAACUAUUCCGGAAAAUGCUGAGCGAAUAAUGGAUGAAAAUUUCAAGGAAAAAUUGGAGAAACUCUUGGAGGAAAAUACUAACACUCUUUCCAAAGAAAAUUCUAAAGAAAAUACCAAAGAUAAUACUAAAGAUAAUGCCAAGGAAUCUGAGGCCGUUAUAACUUCCAAGCAGGCCUCUGAGAAGGCGGCUUCGGAGGGCUCUUCGGAUGGCAGCACCAUCGGGCUCUCCUACGACGAAAUCCGGAGCGAAGAAAGCCUGGAACUGAAUCUUCAGGAAGAAAGACUCCAUCUGAUACCCGUAGAAUCCCGAGGCAAUCUGGAAGUAGCCGAGCCCCCCGAAGGCGAUGUCUAUUUCUACUAAGGACUUGGAAUAAGGACUCUUCUCUCAUUAUUUCUUCGAAAAGGAUAUCCUGGAGAUUUCUGGAGACACACUUCUCAGGUUUUUACGGAUCGGAACUAUAUUGGAAUUCAAAAUUUGUGGAAUGGAAUGGAAUGAAAUGGUAUUCUGGAGCAAAAAAAAAUGUCUAAAAAAAUGCAAAAUUUUCAAUUAAAUUGGAUAAUUUCUUGUGGUCUCUCUA